UUGUGUUACUUCACCAACUGGAGCCAGUACUGCCCGGGAUCGCCAGCUACAUGCCCGAGAAUGUGGACCCUUGUCUGUGCACACACAUCAUCCACGCCUUCGCUGGCAUGGCCACCAACCAGAUCAAAACCACUGAGUGGAAUGAUGAGGUCCUCUAUGCCGGCAUCAACGGCCUCAAGAACUACAAUACAGAACUGAAAACCCUGCUGUCUGGUGGCUGGAACUUCGGAACCCAGGGAUUCUCCAAAAUGGUGGCCACUGUUGAGAACCACCAGACCUUCAUCCAGUCAGCCAUACAGUUUCUGAGGAAGUACAACUUCGAUGGACUGGACGUUGAUUGCGAGUAUCCGGGCAACCGCGGCAGCCCAGCUGACACUCAGCAGCUCUUCACUGUCCUGUUGAAGGAAAUGCAUGAGGCUUUUGAGCAAGAAGCCACCCAGAGCAACAAGGCCAGGUUGCUGAUUUCUGCUGCUGUGUCAGCUGGCAAACGUACCAUUGAGACUGCCCACCAGAUCCCCGAGAUGUCGAAGUGCAUGGACCUCAUCAAUGUGACGACCUAUGACCUCAGGGGCUCCUGGGAGGGCUUCACAGGAGAGAAUAGCCCCCUGUUUGCAGGACCCAAUGACCAGGGAGAUUACAGAUUCUUCAUCGUGGAUUAUGCGUUGAACUACUGGAAGAACCAAGGUGCCCCUGCUAAGGAGCUGACGGUGGGCUUUGGGGCUUAUGCCCGUACCUCCACUCUCACUAACCCUGCCAACCAUGCUGGAUGCCCCACCUCUGGCCCUGGGACUGCCGGGCCCUAUACUCAGGAAGCUGGGACUCUUGCCUACUUUGAGGUCUGCUCCUUCCUUCAAGGAGCCACCGAGGUAUGGAAUGCUCCCCUGGAGGUGCCCUAUGACAAGGGGAACCCGUGGAUAGGGUGUGCCAACCCCAAGAGCUUCACCCUCAAGGCCGAGUGGCUGCUGAAGAACAGCUUUGGAGGGGCUAUGGUCUGGGCCAUUGACUUGGACGACUUCUCGGGCACUUUCUGUGGAGAAGGCAAAUACCCUCUCAUGAAUGCCCUCAAGUCUGCGCUCGGUGUCUCCACUCCCAAUUGCAAAGUGCCCACCUCUACCCUGGGCACCACCUUGGCUCCCAUCGUCACAGUGGCUUCUGGGGGUGGCAGUGCUGGAGAUAGUGGAUUCUGUGCCAGGAAGUCCAGUGGUCUGUACCCCAGCCCCCCCAGCAAGCGAGUCUUCUACAACUGCGUGGAUGGGUACACUUACGAGGAGGCUUUUCAGGCAGGCCUGGUCUUUGACACCAGCUGCUCUUGCUGUAACUGGGCUUAA